AAAAGCAUUGAUCAUUCAUUCCCUAAUCAAGGAUCAACGUAGGUUGGAAUGGAGGCUUAGUGUGCAUUCAAAUCAUACAAAAAUGAGACGCUUCAAGUUCUGUGUGUCUCAGUGAACUUGGGAAAUCUCAAGCAAUCUCGUUGGAUACUCGGAGGCUUCGUCAUGAUCAUGGGCUCUCCUGAGUCACCUCACUCUCUCACUGAAGAGCGUCGUUCGCCCCUCCAAAGCUUGGAGGUGUUCUUCACCAAACUCAAAUGUUGAUAUAAGCGAGGAGUACAAUCAACAGAAGAUAUAUUCAAGCCCUCGUUUCCAAAUAAUACCUUGGGGCUUGCACCCAUCGCCAGAAAUAGGAGGGACUGGCAAUCAAGCAGUGCGGUUUCCAACAUGGCGGACGACGCAAGUGGGAAUCUGACACAAAGUCAGGCUUCAGAGGAAUGUCCACCUUAUGGGACUUACCCGACCUCGGAGCAAUUUGCCACUGCCUUGAAUGGCUGGGCCAUUGGCUUGUACGUGUACUCGGCCGUGGUAGUGUUGGUUCUGGCCUUGGAAUAUGGGCUCCUAGUGGGCCAUUUCCUGGCUCAGGUGCCCACUUACCGACAGGUUCCGACUCUGUGGGUGAAUUCGGUCUAUUUGGUGGUGGCCGUCUUCACCAUGUUCAGUGUGGCCUUACCUCAAGCCAGUGACUUCGUGUGGCUCUUCUACAAGGUGUACUUGGGCAUGGCGAUGGGCUAUUUCGUCCAGUUGACCAUGUCUUGGUACGGCGGAGAAACGGCCAUGAUUCAACAUAUUGACGGGGAAUGCGUGAAUUUCCGGAUUCCACCUUGUUGCUGCUGCAUGAUUUGCCCGAAAACGGCGGCCUUGACGAAGAGGCGAAUCCGCUUCAUGAAGGCCAUGGUCUAUCAGAUGCCAUAUGUGCAAGCUGCCACAUUGUUUGUGAUGUCGGUCUUGCAAUUGGCCGGAUUUUUAGAACCCGGAAACAUGAGUCCGAAGGAACCUUAUCUUUACUUGACCAUCAUACUUGCUAUCAGUUUCAUGCUUGGCAUUUGGGGCCUAUUUGUGUUCAUGGAUAUUACUCACUGACACAAGCUGUUGGUAGAUUAUCAAUACCGGGCAAAAUCCAUGCUACUCAAGCUUAUCGUGGUCUUUGUGAACAUUCAGGGGAUUCUGAUUGACAUCUUAUGCAGCUAUGGCGUGAUCAAUUGCAUCCCGCCCUUCAUCAGCUCUAACGCGGUCGGAUCCAUUUUCAAAAGUGUGUGUGGCCUGACUGAGUCAAUUAUCCUGGGCAGUCUGGCUUUCAAUUUGUACGUCAAGGACAAUUCUCAUCUCUAAUGAAGUACAAAAAUGCGUUUGUGCUACGCUUUUUAAGACUGAGAACGUAUUGGUGCAAAUAAACUCGAUCUGAUGUUGGA